AUGUCGCUUCUCCACAAAAUCUUUGUCUUCCUCGGACUCGUUGCCAUUGUUUCUGCUCAAUUGGGACUUGGACUCGGAGCAGGACCUGUUGGAGCUAAUGCUAAUCUUGGUGGAUACGGUAACCAAGGAUACGGUGGACAAGGAGUCUAUGGAAACGGAGGAGUUGGAGUUCAACCAGGAGGAGUUGUCGGAGGACUUCUUGGAUAA